AUGGGAGGCUCACUAUCGCGCAUUUGGUCCCUCCUUUGGUCCAAGAAGGAAAUUCGGAUCCUUAUUCUAGGACUUGAUAAUGCUGGAAAGACCACUCUACUGUACAGACUGAAGAUCGGUGAAGUCGUCACCACGAUACCUACAAUCGGAUUCAAUGUCGAAUCGGUCACAUAUAAGAAUCUGAAUCUCAACGUUUGGGAUCUCGGUGGUCAAACUUCUAUCCGUCCAUACUGGCGAUGCUACUAUGCCAACACUGCCGCCGUAGUUUUCGUCAUCGACUCCACAGAUAUCGAGCGGCUGGGGACCGCGGCAGAUGAACUCGCAGCUAUGCUGAGUGAGGAGGAACUUCACGACGCGGCGUUGCUAGUGUUUGCCAACAAACAAGACCAACCUGGUGCCAAGGGCGCAGGUGAGAUCUCAGAGGCUCUGAAGCUGGGAGAGUUGCGGGACCGGAACUGGAGCAUUGUAGCUUGCUCUGCCAUUGAUGGCAAGGGUAUCAACGAAGGAAUGGAUUGGCUGGUGCAAACGAUCCAGGCUGAGGACGCAUAG